AUGAGUGCGAAGCAGUAUGCAAGGCUAGUUCCGAAAGCCCAUCGGGCACAAAGGACACCAGUGAUUGACCGUCCUAUGCGGCCAAGGAUGAUCGCUUGGGCAGGACCAGCUGCAUUUUAUCCUAACAGGUUCUAUGAGAUCGACAAAUGGUAUAAAGGUCGGAUUGACAAGCCAGAACAAGUCCCAAAGUUACAUAUAAUCGAUCCCGCAAAUCACUUGAAGUCGCUGGCGGAAAGGCAGGAACAAGAAAAGAAGAAUUCUGUUCCAUGCAACAUCGGUUUCGCAUCUCGUUCCCAGCAGUCUACAUCAACCACAAGCGAAGUACAGCGUGAUGAGCUAGAACGGAAAGCAAGGAAAAUGGAGUUGUUCGUUGAUCCUGACUCCACGAAUUUUGCUACAUUAACUGUGCUCAAUCAUUACAAAGUGUUCGAACACCUCUUUGGCGCAGGUGUUUUCUUCGAAAAUGUGCAAAACGUCGAUGUUGCAUAUGGAGAGCACGGUGUUUAUUAUGGAAAUACUGUCUCAGCUCACAGUACUUCGUCGCAACCUCAGGUGACGCUUGAAUCAUUCAAAACUAAAAGUUACAAUACUUUAAUUAUGUUAAAUUUGGAUGGUAAUCCUUACGAGAAAAACGGUUCCAUUGCUCACUGGAUAGUUUCGAAUAUUCCUGAUGGCAAAGGUGUUAUGGAAGGAGAUGAGGUUGUAAAAUAUGUCCAGCCGUUACCAUUCUGUGGGACUGGUUACCACCGUAUAGUUUUCCUGUUUUUCCGGCAUGAGCAGCCAUUGAAAUCGUUCCCGCAGUUAAAUAGCGAUUCUCUUGAGGGGCGGAUUUUCUCACUGUCGCAUUUCUACAAGCAAAAUGAAGAUGUGAUUACACCUUCUUCAGUACUGUUUUUCCAGACUAUUUAUGAUGAGUCGGUCAAAAAACAGUUGCAUAAAAUGGGCUUAAAAUCCCCUAUAUACGAGUACAAGUAUAACGAGCCUCUAAAACCCGUUCAAAAAGAGUUUCCCAAGAAGCCACAACCCUUCGAUUUGUAUCUUGACAUGUAUCGGGAUACUAAGGAAGUUGAAAAAGAGCUGUUGGAAGAACGACUGAAGCGUGCUCAACUGGGUGACUAUCAGGCACCAAAAUGGCUAGACCCAAAUUACAAUGAGAAUAAAAAGAGCAUGCCUGCAUGGAUGCAUCGCAGGCUUCUUGCCAGGGAAGGAAGAUAUCGAGCCUUAUAUGAUAACUCAUUGAAGUCAUGA